AUGAUACAAAAAAUGGGAGGUAAAGUAAGCUAUAUUAAUAAGACACAGACAGAGCAAAAGGUACUCUCACUGGAUAUAGGUAAAAAAGGUCUUCAAAGGAUCCCAGAAGAAGUAUUCACUUCACCCACAUUAAAUUGGCUUAUAGUCUCGAACAACAGAAUUAGAAAUAUUCCCAGUGAGAUAAAGCACAUGACAAGUUUAACAAGGCUAGCACUAAAUGACAACUGGAUUGAGUCUGUGGCUGAAGAAAUGGGUGAGAUAACAAAUCUGACCUGGGUAGAUCUGACACGCAACAGACUAAGAGAUUUGCCUGACAGCCUAAGGAAUCUAAAGAAUGUAGCAGGCCUGGGUCUCAGUGAGAACAGAUUUGAGACAAUCCCAGAGUGCGUAUUCGGGAUGACAUCUUUGUGCAAGUUUGGAUUCUUCAGUAAUAAGCUGCAAGCAAUCCCCCCACAGAUCUCUCUUCUGAAAAAUCUCACAAAGAUAGAUCUAAGUAAUAACGAUAUUGUGACAGUUCCUAAGGAAAUAUGCAAACUAUCCAGGCUUGUGUGGUUGAAUUUAAGCAACAACAAAAUUAAGGAACUUCCUGCAGAAAUGGGAAAAUUGCAUCUUCUUCAGGAACUUGGCCUAGGGAACAAUGCCUUGAAGACACUCCCAGACCUUGGUGCAUUAAAAAGACUCACAAUUCUACCUGUAUAUAGAAAUAACUUAGAAGAACUUGGUUCUUGGGUCAGCAAGCUAGAGAAGGUAGAGAAGCUUGAUUUCAGCAACAACAAGCUAAAGCACAUACCUGCAUCUAUAUUCUCCUUAAAGAAACUGCGAUAUCUUAAUGUAAAAAACAACCUACUGCAGGAAUUAGACAUGCAAGUGCACCCUUGUACAACGUAUCCAUUGGAGAUAAUAGAUAUAAGCGAAAAUCGUCUUAGAAAUAUUCCUUAUAAGCUGUUUACUUUGUUUCCUGCACUGGCAACCUUGCGGGCAAGUGGAAAUCCGUAUGAAAAAGAGCAGAUUAUUGUACCACAAAAGUGUCCUACACUAAACCAAUUAUGCAAUGCGUACAUUAUGCCAGGCCCUGGGGCAUGGCUCCAGAAGGAGUGCGUCUUCUCAAAAAACGGGAAGGUCUGCGACUUGUGCAACAAAUGGUUUACGUACGAACCCAGAAUUCUUCUGAAAAAUCAGACCUCCCUAGAUGGAAGGCAAGUGAUUGUAAAGAAGGUUCUGUGCUCUUCUCAGUGCCAGUUCAGCACAUAG